AUGGCGCCCCUGCUCCCUCGCCGAGGCACCGAUGCGUUCCGCCGCUUCACCAAGGAGUCGCUGGCGGAGAUCGAGAGGCUCAAGGAUGAAAGAAAAAAGGCUGCAGAAGUAAAGGGCCACAUCGUGCUAGAGGGCCAAAAGGAAGAGGAGCCACCGGCCCCAAACGCUGAUCUGGAGGCGGGCAAGAGUCUGCCCAUGAUCUACGGAGACCCUCCAUCAGAGCUGCUCAACACACCUCUGGAGGACCUGGACCCCUUCUAUGAAGACCAGCCCACAUUCAUUGUGAUCACUAAAGGAAACACAAUCUACAGGUUCAACGCUGAACCGGCUUGCUACAUUCUGAGCCCCUUUAGUUUGGUUAGAAGAGGAGCCAUCAAAAUUCUCAUACAUUCAUUAUUUAGCCUGUUCAUCAUGAUGACCAUUCUAUCGAAUUGUGUAUUCAUGACGCUGAGCAACCCACCAGCAUGGAGUAAAACUGUUGAGUAUGUUUUUACUGGUAUCUAUACCACUGAGGCAACAAUCAAAGUGUUGUCAAGAGGUUUCUGUGUUGGGUCUUUUACAUUCCUUCGAGAUCCAUGGAAUUGGCUGGAUUUCAUGGUGAUCAGCAUGGCAUACGUCACAGAGUUUGUUGACCUUGGCAACGUGUCAGCUCUCAGGACCUUUCGUGUACUUCGAGCCCUUAAAACAAUUACUGUGAUUCCUGGUUUGAAAACCAUCGUGGCCGCCUUGAUCCAGUCGGUGAAGAAAAUGGUUGACGUCAUGAUCCUGACCGUCUUUGCCCUCGCUGUGUUCGCCCUCGUUGGCCUUCAACUCUUUAUGGGAAAUCUGCGUCAGAAGUGUGUGCGAUGGCCCAUCCCAACAAAUGAAACGGCAUUUGAAUUUUUUAACUCCACCGCCACGUUUAACAACACCAUGUCUUUCAACAACACCAUGGGCGUCAAUGAUACAACAUAUUCCAAUGGCACCUUCAAUUUCAAUGAGUAUAUUGAGAGCUCGGAGAAUCACUAUUUUUUGGAAGGCAGUCUAGAUGCUCUACUAUGUGGAAACAGCUCUGAUGCUGGAAAGUGCCCAGAAGGAUACACGUGCAUGAAGGCUGGGAGGAACCCCAACUUUGGCUACACCAGUUUUGACUCGUUUGGCUGGGCCUUCCUCGCCCUUUUCAGACUCAUGACGCAGGACUACUGGGAGAACCUUUUCCAGCUGAUCCUUCGGGCGGCUGGUAAGACAUACAUGCUGUUCUUUGUGGUGAUUAUCUUUCUGGGCUCCUUCUACCUCAUCAACCUCAUCCUGGCUGUGGUAGCCAUGGCUUAUGAAGAACAGAAUCAGGCAACUCAGCGAGAGGCCAUCGAGAAAGAGGAAGAGUUCCAGCGACUACUAGAGGAAUACAAGAAUCAGGAUGAGCAGGCAAAACGUCUUGGGAGCCAAUUCACUCUAACCAGUAAGAAGUCGCUCAGUCAUCACACCAUAGUUGGUAUGACAGAUGAUGAACAAAGCCUUGGGCAUGAUGAAAUUAUCAAGGAUUGUAACGGGAGAAUCAUUCCCCGUCUGUUAAUCCGAGCGCCCACCAUGGUCGAGUCUGCUGCAGAUUACGAACUCCGAGAGAAGUCGUUAGGCUCUGUGCACAGCAGGCUUCAUCUGGAAGAACCAGGCCUGACAAAGAGGACUGGUAGUGCUCUGUCUGUGCUCACUGCAGCUGCUAUAGAAGAGUUGCAGGAGGCUCAGAGGCCGUGCCCACCCUGCUGGUACAAGUUUGCAGACUUAUUCCUGAAGUGGGACUGCUGCCCGCAAUGGGUAUUCUUUAAAAAGUGGAUGCACUUUGUGGUGAUGGACCCUUUUGUCGACUUGGGCAUCACCAUCUGCAUUGUGCUCAACACUCUCUUCAUGGCUAUGGAGCACUACCCCAUGACCCCAGAGUUUGAACAUAUGCUCUCAGUGGGGAAUCUGGUUUUCACCGGGAUCUUCACAGCAGAGAUGUUCUUCAAGCUGAUGGCCAUGGAUCCCUACUACUACUUCCAAGUUGGCUGGAACAUUUUCGACAGCAUCAUCGUCACUCUCAGUCUGGUAGAGUUGGGGCUGGCAAAUGUCCAGGGCUUGUCUGUCCUCAGGUCCUUCCGUCUGCUUCGUGUCUUCAAACUUGCAAAGUCCUGGCCCACGCUCAACAUGCUGAUCAAAAUUAUUGGUAACUCAGUAGGAGCUUUAGGAAACCUGACUUUGGUGCUGGCCAUCAUCGUCUUCAUCUUUGCCGUGGUGGGUAUGCAGCUCUUUGGCAAGAGCUACAAGGAAUGCGUGUGCAAGAUCUCCGUAGACUGCGAGCUGCCGCGCUGGCACAUGAACGACUUCUUCCACUCGUUCCUAAUCGUGUUCCGCAUCUUAUGCGGGGAGUGGAUCGAGACCAUGUGGGACUGCAUGGAGGUGGCAGGAGCUGGGAUGUGUUUAGUUGUCUUCAUGAUGGUCAUGGUCAUCGGAAAUCUAGUGGUGUUGAACCUCUUCCUGGCCUUGCUGCUCAGCUCGUUCAGCGGAGACAACCUCUCCACGGGGGACGACGACGGAGAGAUGAACAAUCUCCAGAUUGCCAUUAGCAGGAUCACACGAGGCAUCGACUGGUUCAAAGCAUUCAUGGUUCAAACUGUCCUGCAGAUUCUGGGCAGAAAGCCCAAAGAGCCGGAUGAGGGUCUGACGGACGACGAGGACCCUAAAACCGAGGCAAUUGAAAUGAACCACUUGGACACCAGUCAGAAUUUUAGAAUGGCAGAUGGGAUACCUAAUUGUUUGGUUGAAGGCCGGCCUUCUGGAGUAAUUGUGGAUGGAGAGCUUAUUCUCAAUGUGCCAAUCGCUCAGGUAGAGUCCGACUUUGAAAACCUGGAUGAUGAUGAUGAUGAAAAUGAUGCUGAUUGUGCUGAUGACUCAGAGAUUUCAGAUGAGAUAAAUAGCCAACAUUACUUGGAAAACUUAGAAGACCAAAGUAGCUUGCUGGGAAAAGGCAAAUUGAUGGGGGCUUUGAAUGAUGGGGAUUCUUCAGUGUGUAGCACAGUGGACUAUCAACCACCUGAGCCUGAACCAGAAGAAGUGGAAGAAGAAGAGCCAGACCCUGUGGAGCCAGAGGCCUGCUUCACUGACAACUGUGUGAAGCGCUGGCCGUGUCUAACUGUGGACAUCACCCAAGGUAAAGGCAAGAAAUGGUGGAACCUCCGUAGGACUUGCUUCACUAUUGUGGAGCAUGACUGGUUUGAAACCUUCAUAGUCUUUAUGAUCCUCCUCAGCAGCGGAGCUCUGGCCUUUGAAGACAUAUACAUAGAAAGGCGCCGAACCAUCAAAAUAAUUCUGGAGUUUGCAGACAAAGUUUUCACCUACAUCUUUAUCAUCGAGAUGCUCCUUAAAUGGGUUGCAUACGGCUUCAAGACCUACUUCACCAACGCUUGGUGUUGGUUAGACUUUUUCAUUGUAGAUAUUUCCCUGAUAAGUUUAGCUGCCAACUGGAUGGGAUACGCUGAGCUUGGACCAAUCAAAUCACUCAGGACUCUCAGGGCACUAAGACCUCUUCGAGCGCUGUCAAGAUUUGAAGGGAUGAGGGUGGUGGUGAAUGCUCUCGUUGGAGCGAUUCCUUCCAUCUUCAACGUGUUGCUGGUUUGUCUGAUUUUCUGGCUCAUCUUCAGCAUCAUGGGAGUUAACCUGUUUGCGGGGAAGUUCUACCGCUGCAUCAACACCACCACAGAGGAGCUGUUUCCCAUUACAGAGGUCAACAACCGGAGCGACUGCAUGGCUGUCAAAGAGGCAACGAAGGAAGCCCGCUGGGUCAACGUCAAAGUCAACUAUGACAAUGUUGGACUAGGCUAUCUGUCACUGCUUCAAGUGUCAACUUUUAAAGGCUGGAUGGACAUCAUGUAUGCUGCCGUUGACUCAAGAGAGGUAGAGGAGCAACCUUCUUAUGAGAUCAACCUCUACAUGUACAUUUACUUUGUAAUCUUCAUCAUCUUUGGUUCUUUCUUCACACUCAACCUCUUCAUUGGUGUCAUUAUUGACAAUUUCAACCAACAAAAGAAGAAGUUUGGAGAUAAAGACCUCUUCAUGACUGAGGAACAAAAAAAGUACUAUGAAGCCAUGAAGAAACUUGGCUCAAAGAAGCCACAGAAGCCGAUUCCACGUCCAACGAACUUAAUCCAGGGAUUGGUGUUUGACUUCAUCAGUCAGCAGUUCUUUGACAUCUUCAUCAUGGUGCUCAUCUGCCUCAACAUGGUGACCAUGAUGGUAGAGACGGACAACCAGAGCGCAGAGAAGGAAGAUUUCCUCUUUAAAGUAAACGUGGCUUUCAUCGUCGUCUUCACCGGAGAGUGUGUGUUGAAGCUCUUUGCCCUGCGACAAUACUACUUCACCAACGGAUGGAACGUUUUUGAUUUUGUUGUGGUCAUCUUGUCCAUAGCUGGUACAAUGCUCUCAGACAUAAUCGAGAAGUACUUUGUGUCACCCACUCUGUUCAGAGUGAUCAGACUGGCCAGAAUAGGCAGGAUUCUGAGACUUAUCAAAGGAGCAAAGGGCAUUCGGACGCUUCUCUUCGCUUUAAUGAUGUCCCUUCCUGCCCUGUUCAAUAUUGGUCUCCUGCUCUUCCUUGUUAUGUUCAUCUUCUCCAUAUUUGGCAUGUCAAACUUUGCCUAUGUCAAGAAGCAGGCUGGAAUCGAUGAUGUAUUUAACUUUGAGACGUUUGGGGGAAGCAUUAUCUGCUUGUUUGAGAUCACAACAUCAGCCGGCUGGGAUGGACUUUUACUUCCAAUGCUUAGCAACGAGUUUCCAGACUGUGAUCCAGACUUCGAGAACCCAGGCACAGAUGUAAAGGGUAACUGUGGCAAUCCGGUCAUGAGCAUGACAUUCUUCUGCAGCUACAUCAUCGUCACAUUUUUAGUGGUGGUCAACAUGUAUAUCGCCAUCAUCUUGGAGAACUUCAAUGUGGCGCAGGAGGAGAGCGGUGAUGCACUCUGCGAGGAGGACUUUGAGAUGUUCAAUGAGACUUGGGAGAAGUUUGACUUAGAUGGAUCUCAGUUCAUUGAGUAUUCCCGGCUCUCAGAUUUCUGUGAUACCUUGCAGCCGCCGCUGAGGGUUGCCAAGCCCAAUCGGCUUCGCCUGAUUGAAAUGGAUCUGCCCCUGGUCAUUGGGGACAGGAUUCACUGCCUGGAUGUCUUGAUGGCCGUCACACAGAUGGUCUUGGGAGACACGGUGGAGAUGGCGGCAAUGCGGCUGAGCAUCGAGGCCAAGUUUAUCCUGAGCAACCCCACCUCAGACUCCUUUGCACCAAUUACGACAACGGUGCGCCACAAAGAAGAGCAGAUGGCCGUUGUAGUCAUUCAGAGGGCCUACCGCAACCACCUGCUGAAACGCUGCGUACGCCACGCAGCAUUUAUGCACCGCUGUAAGAGGGUGGGUAGAAAGGACGAAGGUAAAGACCCACCAGAGAAAGAGGGUAUGCUCGCACGAAGGAUGGGAGUGCUCUAUGGGAGCAACGUGGACCUUGCAGAGGAGAUGGAGCAGGCUGAUUUAGAAACUCUAGCAAGCCGACAGCCUCCUGAUCCCGAGACAUUGUCACUUUACACAGAGGCCCAGUGCGGUCUAGAACCCCCUGAGCCAAAUAUCAUUGUUGUACCUGUAGAAAUUACUAAUGAGGUUUUAUUACAUUCUGCCCCCAACCCACACCUCUCUAUCCUACAUGCAAAUCUGAGAGAGACGAUGGUAUAACAAACAGCAGAAGACAAUUAAUCAUGUCGCCCCCCCCCCCUUUUUUUUUGUUUCACCAGUCAAGGAAGUAGUGUUGGCAUUUCAUUUUCCACAUUAGCUGUUACACAUUGUUAAAGAAUGUUUAAACUGCAUUUUUGAUCAUUCAGAUUGACAAACAAUUCCUGUUUUUUUUAAUUCAGUAUUUAAGAGCCUUUCUGGAUUGAAGGUGAAACUGGAGCACAUGGUUUUUCUCUUAUAAUAAAGACAUCGGGAAAUAUAAACCACAAUCAACGCUAAAUAGGAAGUAACUAAAAAAAAAAAGUUUAUACAUUAAAUGUGUAAAUGAUUUAAUUGGGCUGCAAAAAAACUAUUAUAUGCUAAAAUAUACAAUUACCAGUGUUUAUUCACAUGGUCGAAACCUCUCUUCUGUUGCUGUGAUGCUUUUUCUCUAGAUAUUGGUGGGGAUGAAUUGUUUAUUUAAAUUGUCAUUCCCAAUUUAAAGCUAUAGUGCGUAGUUUCUGCCGCCCCAUGAGGAAUUUUAAGUAAUGACAACAAAACUGUUGCCUGUCGCUAAAAGUCUAAUUAGCUUUGUAGCAACUUAUUUGGCAAUGGCUUGAAUGUUACGGACGUUAAUUAACACCAAAAGUUAUUAUUAAAGCAUUAAGGGCACAAAUACAGAUACGAUUUCUUAGCUUUUAAAAUGUACACUGGCUUUGAGAGCAUUACUUAAUGUCAGCCGGAAAAAAAUAUAGUUAGUAUUUGUUGUUUUAAGAUUAAACAUCAUAGUGGACCACAACCUGUCAUAUGAUAGCUUUAUGAUAAAAAAAAACAAUCUUGAAAUUGCAAGAUUGAGCACCCUGUAUUUCAGAAAUCUUUUUUAUAAUUAGUCAUUUUAAUGCACACUUUUGUUGAAGCCUUCAUUUAUGCCAGCAAUAACUUUGCUUUGGUAUGGCUAUUACCAGAAAACCAAAACAUGUGCCCCAGUUUCUAACUAAAGAGUAACUUGAAAAGCACAUGGUAAAUCCUGAGUGAUCCUUAAUAGGUUUGUCUUUAUGAUAUACACAGUGUGUAUACAUUCAAAAGCAACAACAUAUCCAUCUUCUUCGUCUGGUAUGACAAGAAUGCAGCGCUAUUGUCCAACUCUUCAGAGCAAUAUAAAGUAGUAUACUACGUCAUCGUAAGAGACACACUGAAAUUCAUGAUUUUUGAAAAAAUGUGAACCGAGCAAAACCGUAUUUCUGCUUACUUUAAGUAUGUGGAAUCUCAUUAAUAAGAAGGCUCUACAUGCUCUUAUUUUAUGUAGACACUAAAUGAUUUCUUUGGCUUAUCUUGAUCGGAUUUAUCCCAGUCUACCAGUGAAACCUUGAUCCCUGUUAUUCUUUAUUAGUUAAGGAUAACAUAGGCCAGCUAAUGGAGUCAACAUCUGAAGGCCCAGUUUAUAUUGCACUAUUUAUAUCCCUUCCAUGCCUGUCAAGUUAAAGCAGUUGCCUGUGUAAGACCGACAGACCUUCCUGUUUUCUAAGAUGAUUUUAUCACUAAUGUAUGCAUGUCUUAUGUUGUCUUUUUUUUAAAGAUUAUUUUUUGGGGCAUUUUUCCCUUUAUUAGUGUCAGUGGGUAGACAGGAAAGGUGAGAGAGAGAUGGGGGAUGACACCCAGCAAAGGGCCUCAGGUCAGACUCCAACCUGGGCCGCUGCAAAGGACUCAGCCUACAUGUGGUGUACGCUCUUAUUGGGUGAGCUAGAAGUUGCCCCAUUUUGUCUUAUUUUUCAGUCCCCUCAGACAAUUCUCAAAACUCCAAAUCAGUCACUUGUUUUCCAUGUCAGCAUUUAGAUUCAGACGCUGUGACUGUAAACUUAAUAUGCAAGUGUUUACAUUAACAGAAGUGCCAAGCUCCCUGUUCAUUUCAACCACAUUUGUCAACUUUAACAACAAUAAUGCUAGCAAUACCGUAAUAUAAGUCCUCGCUGUACAUGUUAAGAGGUUUUACCUCCGGUUGCGUCAGGUUUGUCUUUUGACAUGAUCUCAAAUUUAUCGGGAAUUUUUAAUUUAGUUAAACACACGGCUCGGAAGCUCUGAAGUCCAAUAAAUGUGUAGAUAAUCACGCCCAUUUAUACAUUUACAAACAAUCUUCAUGCGCAGUAGUCAUCUCAAGUCUGUCCUCGUGUAGAAAGGUUGCUUCACUUGCUGUUGUGUAAGUCUUAACUGAAUUUAAAAUGUCUUACUCUGAAUAUACAACAUAUGCACUUUUACAGUUUUCUUCUUUUUUUUUACAAUAGACUAUAGAAAGUUGUCUUUUCUCUUGUUUAGGUGUUAAGCUCUGUUUUAACAUCAAACCUGGGUUAAAAAAA